AUGGAUCUCUCAUCCCUUCAGAGAAGUAGGAAGGAGCUGAAUGAACCUAGUGAAGAAGCAUCUAAAGAUACAACUAAAGAAGAGAAAGAAAAGGAGACACCAUUACCCCAAAAAAAUUCAAGCGGAAAGCAACCCCAAGCCAUAGUCAUCGCUCCACCUUUUCCUAGCCGAUUUGCAAAAUCCAAGAAGGAGGAGCAAGACAAGGAUAUUAUCGAGACAUUCCGCAAAGUUGAGGUAAAUACCCCCCUCCUUGAUGCAAUCAAGCAGGUACCCCGCUAUGAUAAAUUCCUUAAGAAGUUGUGCACCACUAAGAGAAGGCUGAAAGGCGAUGAGAAAGUCCAUAUAGGAGAAAAUGUUUCAGUAAUUCUCCAAAAGAGAUUACCCCCUAAAUGCAAGGAUCCAGAGACGGGUGUGAUCUUACAACUCGCUGAUCGAUCUACUACACACCCAAAGGGGGUUUUGGAUGACGUCUUGGUCCAAGUUAAUAAUCUGGUCUUUCCUGCCGAUUUCUAUGUGAUUGAUAUGGAAGAAGAUGAUUCUUCCAAUCCAACUCCAAUUUUGUUGGAAAGGCCAUUUCUUAACACCUCCAAGACUAAAAUCGAUGUGCAUAAGGGGACACUUACCAUGGAAUUUGAUGGUAAGAUUGUUAAGUUUAAUAUUUAUGAUGACAUGAAAUAUCCUACUGAUGAUAAUCCUGUUUAUUUCGUUGAUGUGAUUGAUUCUUCAGCACAAGAGGUUUUUAAACUUGAUGGGAAGGAUAGUUACAACAGUCAGGUUCCAGAUUUGAACCCACCCAUGAUAGAUGAAAGGGGAAAGCACCGGAAGUUACAAUUACAAGACCUGGAGGAUCCGGUUUAUGAUUAA